AUGUCUGUCUUCCUCGAACCAUCCUCAUCGCUAGGCUUCAACAGGCCGUUGACACAACUCGUGAAACGUGUUCUCACAGUAAAGAACCCCAAUGAGCAACCAGUCGCGUUUAAAGUCAAGACAACAGCGCCCAAGCUGUACUGCGUGCGUCCCAAUUCCGGACGGAUAGAGCCUGGGCAGAGCGUUCAAGUGCAGGUACUUCUUCAGGCGAUGAAAGAAGAGCCUCCCGCGAAUGCAAAAUGUAAAGACAAGUUCCUUGUACAGAGUACGAUUAUUACGGAGGAAAAGGAGGCGAUGCCUUUACAAGAGCUCUGGAAUAACAUCGAUGGCCAAGAGUCGGACGUACACUCGCAGAAGAUUAAGGUCGUUUACUUGCCGCCAGUGGGUCAGGAGCUACCCGAAGAAGACGAAGGUCCAGGCUCAUUCGUUGACCACUCGAGUCGUUAUGAUACCGUUCGCCAGGAGCCCGAGGCCGCAAAUGGGAGACCGGAAGUCGGCUUGCCCAUUGAGCCGCAAGUACCACUCGAGCGUGCAUUUUCGCCGGCUGUCGGUGACUACGCCGUCCCGGAAGACACUGAACACGUCGAAGAGCAUCCGGCUACAUCGCGCAUCCCUCCUGCAAUCGCACCCGCACCCGUAAUCCAGCCUUCCAUGUCAAGCGAAGACGAGCUCCGCGCUCAACUAACCGCAGCCCAAGCCGAGAUCAAUCGCCUGCGUAAUCUCCUUGAGUCGAUCCCAGAACCGGGAGCGGAUGACAAUGGGCUACGCCAGCGGCGCGUACGGUCAGAAAAGUCGGAUGAUAUGACGGUGUUGUCUGAUCGUAGUGCAUCCGAGACAGAUUUAGGAACGAUGGUUGAUAGCUCGAAUGCAUCGCAAGAGGGUAUAUCGCCCCAGGUUGUAGGUAUCAUUGCGUUUGUGGUGUUCAUUUUGACGUACAUGUUCUUCUGAGUUUGUUGCCGUUACUUCUGGAAUGUGGUAUUGUUGGUGACGAGUUUCAGUUGGUCGGUGCAUCGGUGGAUAUGGAUGUAGGCCCUUUCUCCGUUAAAUUUAGGACUUGCGGUUAUUUUUACUUCCCUUUUUCGAAUUCCUUUGUUCACUUAUUUUUUUCUCCCUCUUUUUCCCUCUCACUUAUUAUAUGGCGUUGGUCAUUCUUCACUCUUCCCCUCCUCCCCUGACCUAUAUCGUAUCUUUUCCGACAACUCGUACCGUCAUGUCUCCGAACGUGUUGCAUUCCAUUUCAUGUUAUGACAGGCUUGAGAAAUACAGUAAAUGUGGUGCUUCUCCAGCUUCUCAUGUCAUAUUCAUAGUUACAGUCAUAUUCAUAAAGCUUCCACCACCAUCCGCCGUUUUUUUCAUUAUUAUUGUCGCUACUGCUUCUGUAAUCUGUUCCCU